AUGGACCUUGGAGAGAUCGUUGUGGCUGACCGUCCUGGUGAGAGGCAGUUGUACACAGAGCAGAAGCCGAGAGCCCAGGACCUGCUGGGGAGAAGCAGCAAUCGGAUCCACCAAGUUUUUGGUUAUCUCACGGGAGAAAUGAAAGAAUAUGGAGAGUGGAUGAAAAGCAAACCUCUACUGGUCCAGCUGGUGGACUGGAUCUUGCGAGGGACCUCUCAGGUGAUGUUUGUCAACAACCCUCUCAGCGGGCUGAUCAUUCUACUGGGGAUCUUCAUCCAGAGCCCAUGGAGCAUGCUCACAGGCUGUACUGGAACCACCGUGUCAACAUUAACUGCGCUGGCUCUCAGUCAGGACAGAUCAGCUAUUGCAGCCGGGCUGCACGGCUAUAAUGGGAUCUUGGUGGGACUGCUCAUGGCCGUCUUCUCUGACAAAGGGGAUUACUACUGGUGGCUUCUUCCUCCUGUGGCGGUUAUAUCGAUGGCCUGUCCAAUCCUGUCCAGUGCUUUGGGAUCCAUCUUCAGCAAAUGGGAUCUUCCUGUUCUCACUCUGCCUUUCAAUAUUGUGGUGACUUUGUACUUGGCAGCCACAGGACACUACAACCCCUUCUUCCCUACAACCCUCAUCAAGCCUGUAGCAUCAGUGCCCAAUAUCACCUGGUCUGCAAUCAAUGUGCCACUGCUCUUGCAGUCCAUCCCAGUCGGUGCUGGUCAAGUGUAUGGUUGCGAAAACCCCUGGACUGGAGGCAUCAUCCUUGUUGCUUUGCUUAUCUCCUCUCCACUUAUAUGUUUACAUGCUGCAAUUGGAUCAACAGUGGGGAUGUUUGCAGCACUGAGCAUUGCAUCACCAUUUGACAGCAUCUACCUUGGCUUACACAAUUACAACUGCGCACUUGCGUGCAUUGCAACCGGGGGCAUGUUCUAUGCCCUGACCUGGCAGACUCAUUUGCUGUCACUUGCCUGUGCGUUAUUUUGUGCGUACUCUGGAGCAGCUCUUGCUAAUGCCCUAUCUGUGCUUGGGCUGCCGCUCUGCACCUGGCCUUUUUGCUUCUCCGCACUUCUCUUUUUGCUCGUAAAUUCAGACAACCCAGCCAUCUACAGAAUCCCUCUCUGCAAAGUCACCUACCCAGAAGCCAACCGGAUCGACUACCUGAGGAUGAAGCGAAGGGCAUCGGAGAACAGGAGAGAAGAGCAGAAACGAAAGGAGCAGAAACCCUCCGGUGACUCAAAAAUAAGCACAGGAGGCACCCCCCUGUGCACCCCCAAAACCCCCCUUCUGCAAUGUCAACACCUCUUCUUCCCAUACCUGCAACUACAGAUCGGUACAAACAGGAAGGCUCAGAACAUCAACAUGGAAAACAGCGUUGAUGUGAAGAUAGAAACCAAGGGGGAAAGAAAGCCAAUGAAGCAGAAUCCGCUGAGCAAAGCUGGGAAGAGAGUCUGCAGAGCUGUUGGGUACAUCACCGGAGACAUGAAGGAAUUUGGAGCCUGGCUAAAAGAUAAACCUCUCAUGGUCCAGUUUAUUGACUGGGUGCUGCGUGGGAUAUCCCAGGUGAUGUUUGUCAACAAUCCCCUCAGUGGGCUUGUUGUGGUUGCUGGUUUCCUCGUGCAGAACCCAUGGUGGACGCUCACAGGCUGUUUAGGAAUAGUUGUCUCAACUUUAACAGCACUUAUUCUACGUCAGGACAGAUCAGCCAUAGCAGCAGGCCUGUACGGCUAUAACGGGGUCUUGGUGGGAUUGCUCAUGGCCGUCUUCUCUGCUAAGGGAGACUACCACUGGUGGCUUCUGCUGCCGGUAGCACUGGUGUCCAUGACCUGCCCUGUUUUAACCAGCGCUUUAGGCUCAGUCUUCUGUAAGUGGGAUCUGCCGGUUUUCACCUUGCCUUUCAACUUGGUCUUGACCCUCUAUCUGGCUGCAUCAGGACCUCAUAACCUCUUCUUCCCUACAACUGCCAUUCAACCUGCAACAGCAACACCAAACAUCACGUGGACAGACGCUGAAAUGCCAAUGCUCCUACAAUCCAUUCCAGUCGGGGUGGGUCAGGUUUAUGGCUGUGAUAACCCCUGGACUGGGGGAAUUUUCCUGAUUGCUUUAUUUAUCUCUUCUCCGCUCAUUUGUCUACAUGCAGCAAUUGGAUCAGCAGUGGGGAUGCUGGCAGCGCUGAGCUUAGCAACACCUUUUAGCAAAAUCUACUCCGGCUUGUGGGGCUACAACAGCUCCCUCUCCUGCGUCGCGAUCGGAGGAGUGUUCUACGCUUUCACCUGGCAGACACAUUUGCUGGCAAUUGCCUGCGCGCUCUUCAGUGCUUACCUGGGAGCAACAGUGACUAACAUGUUGUCUGUGUUUGGGCUGCCAUCAGGAACCUGGUCUUUUUGUUUGUCUGCGCUGACCUUCCUGUUAAUAACCACAAACAACUCUGCCAUCUACAAGCUGCCACUCUCCAAAGUCACCUAUCCAGAAGCUAACCGAGCUUAUUAUCUGAAGAUGAAGAAACAUCAGAGGUCUUGCUGUGAGGUAUAAAGACCAAAGAAGAGAGAUACUUUGCAGAUUUUAAGGCAAGAGUGCAAAGUGUUUCC